AAUGAGCUAUCACGACCCAGACGAGUGCAUGGAGACACCGACAUUAAUCUAAGAAUGCCAUCACCACCUCGCGCAUCAAAGCGCAAACAAGAUCUCACCUCUUCCUCGGCUUAUAAAGAGGCGCUUUCUGAAUUGCUUCCUUCUGGCGCCAAGAAGGCUCUCCUAGAUUUAUCUGAUCCUCUUUCACCUGGAUCCCCCCCCGUAAUUGCUGCUCCAAGCCCUGCAGGUGUUCCUAUAGCAACCUGUAAUUCGAGUGCCGGUGGGACAGAAGCUGGUUCACCAAGCGUCGAUGUUGCCGAUCAUUCUACGACUUCAGGACAGACAAAUGGUGCCUCAUUAGCAGGGCCAAUUGCGAUGGUUGUGGCGGGUGGAAGCGAAACUGGAGUCGGUUUGGCAAGUAUGGGGUCUUCAGUUAGUGCGAGCACAAUUGUCAGUGGUGAUCUAAGCCCUUGGAUGACACCUUCUAAGUGUAGUGGAGGCGAUUCGAGCUCUAGUGUGACGCCAAGUAAAAGCAGCUUCUCAGAUACCUCGAGCCCUCGGAAGGAUUUUUCUGGACGUCGAAUGGAUCCUGAGCGACGCCGAAAACUUCGGUAG